GAUUAUGAGAAUAACAUGGUCCCCUGGUCAAUCAUCCUGAUCGUUUCCUAUAUCUAUAUGUGCGGUCACUAAAAUGUUGGCGUGGGGGUUGGGGAGAGGUGUUUGACAGUUGACCGGUAAACCCAAUUGGCGGCUAUUCCAAUUCUUCCGUUGAAGUAGUAAACACACGACUCUCGUAUUCAUCCCAGUUCACACUUGUUUAACCCAAAUUGGUCCACUUACUAUUAUUUUAUGUGUUGAGAUGUGAUCUUGCAUGUCUGUUGUUCCUAGAUUUCCAUUGUUUCUAGAUAGUCGUUGCACGACCAACCAAUUGAAAGGAAGUUUUUUCUGUUGCUUUAAGAUCAAGUUCAAGAUUAUCUCAACUGGGUGCUUGAUUGGUGAAAUUUGAUCCAGAGGUUUUGGAUAACAGUAAUCGGGUUCGAUAAUUGAAAAGUUUAGAUGGCGAAAGUGUUGUGGAUAGAAGAUGAAGAGGGGUUUAAUCAGAGUCAUCGGUCUCAUCCGGGAUGCAUGUCGGGCAUAUUUCAUGCUCUUGAUUACCAAUACUGGCACUCUAAUGUCAAGAAGAUACUUCCACACCGAAAACAUGAAGACUUCAUCAAACAUACGAAACGUAAUAGAAGGUACCAGAGGUUUUCUGGUGAUCAAGAUUCUUUUGAAGUUUUAAGACUAUUAGAUGCCAAAACAAGUCAUAUACAGAUGGAUCAAAGAAAUAGAAAAACGAGUUCUACCCAGAAGAGGUCGCUAAAAGCGCGUAUAAAGGCCUUAGUUUCCGAACAUAACGAUCAAGAUUUAGUACCUAGUCCGAAGUUGUAUAGGACUUUUUCAAUUCAUCAUUUAGAAACCGAUGAAUGGGUCCAUCCGAUCAUUUUCUUUCCCGAAAACGCGACAGAAAGUCCCGUGAGUUCCAAAACACAGAGUAACGUUACACGUCCUGAAGUUAACGAUUCUCAAGAUAUAUUAGACAUGUUUGAAGUUGACAAAGAGCUGUUCAUCAAUACGUUACAAGAUCGGGUUCAACCUUCUGUUAUAAGACCAACGUUGACCAAAUCCGGCUCGUUUCCCACUGCUUACAAGUCGUACGGUAGAACUAGAAGCUUGAUGCCUAUGAAGCUCAAAGACAAGCUGAAUGAAACUUACACCACAUCAAAAGCCGAGAAGGUAAAGAACUCAAAAGAUGAUCUCAACAAUAACGAUAUCGUUCGCCUCAGAAGGAUAUCUUCACUCAAUGAAUCUGCAGAUAGAUAUACGCAGUUGUUUGAUUCUAGUGUCGUUAAAGAGGCCACUCUGCGUUCUUCAAGAAGCUUGAAGUUAACAGACGGAAGUGAGAGCAUUUUAAGCUCUCAACAACCGAGUUCUUUAACAAGGAAUAAUCCAAUUCAAGAAUCUCAUGACGCUUAUUACUGUAGAAGCUGUAGUCAAAAUGAAAGAAAUCCAGUAUCUUUACCUGUAGAUAAAUGUGAUGAUCCACACGAUUUAGAAGCCGAUGAAGAUAAUCAUCAGAUUUCACAAGAGAUCACUCGCCAAAGCCCUGUUCUUCUUGUUGAGUACAGUCCACCAGAUGAAAAAGUUCAAAUUUCAGAAGAUUUGGAUUUGUUAAUCAACUCACAUGAAAAUCUAAAGAAGGAAAUCAAGACUGUCAACAGUAAGCAACACAUGGACUUAUCAAUGAAAGAUGACGAUUUCACUUAUGUGAAAAAGAUCCUAGAACAGUCCGGUUUCCUUAACAACGGAUUUCAACAAACAUGGUAUUCAUCCAACCAGCCAUUAGACCCUUUCUUGUUUCAAGAACUCGAGUCUCAAUAUGUCCAUGAUCCAGAACUUUUUGCAGAGGAGAUUAAUGAAUUAUCUCAUCGUUUACUCAUCUUCGAUCUGGUUGAUGAAGUUUUGCUUACUAUCUAUGAAAGAUCAUUGACUUACUACCCGAAAAAACUGUCAUCUUUCUGCCACGUUCGUCCUGCCCCAACUGGAUCACUUGUUCUUGAUGAAGUUUGGACCUGUGUGAGCCAGUUGAUCAAGUUGAAGCAUGAUAUAAACGAAUCUUUAAACGAUAUUGUGUCUCGAGAUUUGGGAAGUGAUGAUGGUUGGAUGAAUUUGCAGUCGGAUUCGGAGUGUGUUGGACUUGAUUUGGAUGAUUUGAUUCUUGAUGAAGUUUUAGAAGAAUUGUUAGUUGAAUUGUUUUAAUGAUAGUAGUAGAAGUUUUGAAAUAUAAUGCAUUUUUACUGUAUAGUUUCUUAGGGUGCGGGUGUACUUGUAAAUAUAGAUUUGAACGUAUAAUAAAUGAGAGUGAUUUUCCUUACUUUUUUAUAUAUA